GCAGUCAUCUCGUCUUUGCAGGUAACAAAUAUAUAUAUGUCUGUGAACUUCAAUAAAACUCUUUUACUAAAAAGGCUAAAAGGUUACUCAAGGGGACGUUACUGCAACAUUCUGUGUACAAACAAUGGCUGAACAUGAUAGUGAUUUGCCAGAGUUGGAGUCAGAUGACCAGCCUGAUUGUGAUGAAGAAGACGAUGAUGACGGAUGGGGUGAUGUGGCUGAUGAAGAAAGUGAAGAACAAAUGAAUAUGCUGAUUGGUGAUGUGAAAUGUUUGUUUUGUCAGUGUGUUGAGCCUUCAGUGGACAGGAUACUGACCCACUUUAUAAACAUUCAUGACUUCAACUUGUUAAACCAUUGUAGAAGUUCACAUUUGGAUUGUAUAGGAUUUAUACAAAUGAUCAACUUUAUUAGAAAACAGAAUUCUACACCAGACGAUGUUUUGAAAAAUUUAUCUUGUUUGAAACCAGACUGGUCAAGCGAUGAGUUCAUGGCUCCUGUUGAUCCUAAUGAUCUAUUACUUCAGCUUGAUAUAGAAUGGGCCCAGUUACAUCACCCGUCUGUGUCACUCAUGUCACAGAAAUCUGAAGAACAGAAUGAAACAAAUUUAAGGGACACAUUUUCUCAAUCCGAAGCCAUACAAGCUUUAAUUGACAGAGUCCAGACAGCAGAAAGAGAUAGGGACUUUUUGAAGGAUGAAUUGGAUAGGGCUCUGAUUGAUAUGGAGAAACUAAGGUUGACUGGUCAGAGCUUAGUUAGUGGAUCAGGUGACAGUAAAGAGGACAAAUCUCAUAUCUGUAACAACUCAAGUCUGGCGGAGGAAGACGGCUAUUUCGCAUCAUAUGGCCACCAUGAUAUACACAUGACCAUGUUAAAGGACAGGGUGAGAACUGAGAGCUACAGAGACUUUAUGCUCAACAACUCUCAUUUGUUUGAAGGGAAGACUGUUUUGGAUGUUGGCUGUGGUACAGGAAUUCUGUCCAUGUUUGCUGUCAAGGCUGGGGCAAGUCAUGUUGUGGCGGUUGACCAAUCAAACAUCAUCUACCAAGCAAUGGAUAUAGCCAGAGAAAACAAUGUCCACGAGAAGAUAACUUUUGUGAAAGGUCGUUUGGAAGAUGUAGUGUUACCCAUUCUAAAGUUUGAUGUAAUCAUUUCUGAGUGGAUGGGUUACUUUCUCUUGUUUGAAGCCAUGUUAGACUCUGUGCUGUGGGCCAGGGAUAGGUUCUUGACUGUAGAUGGAUGUGUUUAUCCUGACAAUUUCUCUAUGCUGGUGGCUGGGGUCAGCGACUCAGAGUUGAGGAGAUCCAAAGUGGACUUCUGGGACGAUGUGUAUGGCUUCAAGAUGUCCUGCAUGAAGCCUGAAGUAGUAGAUGAAGUCCAUGUCAGACUGGUCAAGCCAGACACUCUGAUCACCCAACCUGCUGUUAUAAAGACCAUUGAUGUGAUGAGAUGUCAAGUAGAAGACUUGGACUUCUGUAGUCAGUUUGCUCUCACUUGUACAGCAGACGCUGACAUGACAGCACUUGUAGGUUACUUCACCACAACCUUUGACACAGGAUGUACUACCAAGGUUCAUUUCAGUACAGGACCAGAAGCUCCACCCACACACUGGGAGCAGUCUGUUAUGAUGUUUGCUAAGCCAAUAGCCGUUAAGAAAGAUUCCCAGCUGACAUGUCACAUGACCUACAGAAAACAUCCGCAGGACUCAAGAGGAAUCAUUAUAAACCUGAGUAUUCAGGGUCAGAAAAUGAAAUUUAAUUUGUCCUGAUAAUAAAUCUUUUUUCUUUAAAGAGAA